CAGUUUUUGAAAAUGCUUUGCUUUUCAAACAGUGAAAAGUCUAAUUAUUUUCAAAGAAGGUGCACCAGGCAGGGAAGUUAUCAUGGUUAUGGCCUGGUACGUGUAACAAUGCAUGACUGCCCUCAGCUGUUGUCAACAGUGAGCGAAGGAAGUAACUGGUAGUUUCUGGUUGCGGAAUCUUGCUUCACGACCCCUCUCUGCCGAUCCCUCAAUACAACAAAGGAACGGCGACAGUUGGAUCGUAUCAUGGAAUGAGAUGGUGAACUCAAGAACCUCAAUGUUUGGCAUACUUGCUUUGAGCUUACUCCUGGCUGCGACACUGUUCUGGCUGAGGAGAGUUUCAGUGCGAAAUCAAGAUCACUACUUGACGCUCAAAUCUUCCGUGGGACGGCCUGCCAGUUGUUCAACGACUGGACAAGUAACUGUACGUGUUCUCUCUCAGAACUUAUGGGCUGCUAAUUUUUGGGCCGCCGAAAAGCUUGGCAGCAAAGGUCCAAACCCUCGUGCCAGAUUUGAUGGAUUUGUUAGAUCAGUCACCCAGGGGAAGUAUGACGUACUUCUUCUGCAAGAACUAUUUGUGCUUCGCACUGCCUAUUUCUUUGCAACAGUGGAUGAUGUAGCGUAUCUGACUAAGCUACUUGAAAAAGCAGGAUUUCUCUAUCACACAGAUCUGCUAUACAACUUGCCAAGUACGUUUGGCCAGUCGUCCGGAGUGGCUAUAUUUAGCAAGUACCCAAUCACUGAGUGGAAGGGCCACACGUUCAAUCACUAUAGUGUAAAAGAAAGUAUCACAUCCAAAGGGUUCGUCCGAGCGCAGAUAUCUAUCGGUCGAUCACAUGUCAACUUCUUUUCAACACACAUGGACUCGUCAGGAUGGGAGCCAGGUGUAAAACUUGAGCAGAUAAAGGAGGUCGGAGAGGCCUUGAAGAAGGUCACAUCAGGCGCAUCGCAAACGGCUAUUGUAGCUGGUGACUUCAACAUUGACUCGCUGUCGCCAGAAGCUAAGGAGCAUUAUGACCAUCUGCUGUCCACCAUGAAGCAGGCCGGUGUGCAGCCGAUAUUCAACAGCUCUACACCUACGUACCACACUGGUACAGCACUAGACCACGCGUUCAUAGGUGGUGGGAAUAUCUCGCCGCAGGACGUCACAUCCAAGGCAGUGGUCAAACUACAAAGUACCAUUGCCAACUUGCCUGUUUCAGAUCACUAUGGCAUCUUCUUUGAGGUGAAAUUGCGUGAAGACCAGGUAAAGUGCUAGCCCCCCGGGUAGAUAUAUACUUUUUACACCGUUUUUUUUUAUUGUAGGUGAAUCACGCCGUGCCUAGACUAGACGCAAUUAGCAUAUUUGUUUACUCUUUUUAUAUCACUUGUACUCCAGUAGACCUGCUAUGGGCUGGUCCUAUUGCAGAGUAAGUCACGUUCCUGCACCGUGCGUACUGUACUCUUACUGGUGUCGCCGCCAGUUUUAUACAACGGGAGGAUUUUUUUAAGCUUCACAGUUGUGCUAUCCCUCCACGAUCACACUUCAAGAUGUUGUUUUUAUCUUCACCUGCAAGUACGCCAGUCGGCAUGAACUGUGCUGUACCUUUUUUUUUUGUGGCUACUUUUUUUCAUUCAUUCUCGCCGUGUUAGCUUGCAACAUUAAUGGCAACAUUAUGGAUGACCCCUUAUUGAAACUGUUGAUGACUGUAUUAGGUGAUGGCAUGAGUCCUUGAAGUUUCUGCAACGGCCGUUUAUCGAACUCUACUGAAUUACUGCUCUUCACGAGUCUUCAGUAACGACA